CAGAGAACAGCCUGCUGAGCGAUCACAAGUAACAUCUCCUGUGUCUGAUUUUCCUGUACAAAACAGCGCCCCCUUGACGGAGUUGGUAUCUUCUGCGUGUGUCUGAUGCUCAAUCUUGGGAGAUACCAUCUCCACGAUGUGGGAGGGGGUUCCUCUGAGCGACAUCAUGAACCUGUACGCGAAUUGGUGUUAAGCAUCCGGCCGCGCUCAGGGCACACGGCUGACACGCACACGGCUGACACGCACAUCGGACAGGGCUAUGUGAACUACCGGCUAUUCGCUUCAAACACAGGAGUAUUUCAGCGGUUUGUUCAACUCACUGGAGGAGAUGGGAAACUCAUAUGCAGGGCAGCUGCGCACCACACGUUUCGAAGAGGUUCUGCACUAUUCCAUCGAGGCAUCUCUGCGUUCCAACACUGUAGUGCCCAGACCAGUGUUCUCUCAGCUGUAUCUAGAACCAGAGCAGAGGUCUCUCUCUCGAGAAGGCCAAAUGAAAAAUGAGGAAGAUGAUGAUGAUGAGAAUGGCUCAGAGUCUAACAGUCCUCCCAUUCCAUAUCAGAUGAAGCCUGCUCCAGAUGGCUCUUGCACCACUGACGGAUUCUGUCAGGCGGGUAAAGACCUGCGACUGACCUCGAUGUCCACUGAAAAUCUGGACGUGCCACCGGGAUUUCUGCUGGUCGGGGCCAAAUCUCCCAGUAUACCUGGCCACAUACUGGUGUGUGCAGUGGAUCGACGAUUUCUCCCAGAUGAACGUGGACAUAAUGCACUUUUAGGCUUCUCUGGGAACUGUAUGGGCUGUGGUGAGAAAGGAUUCCGCUACUUCACUGAGUUCUCCAACCACAUCAACCUGAAGCUCACCACGCAGCCCAAAAAGCAGAAGCACUUAAAAUACUAUCUGCUCCGCAACGCACAGGGUGCGCUGGUCAAGGGCCCAUCCAUCUGCUGGAAGGGAAUAGACAGUCAUGUAAGACAGACCUCCUCAAAUGUGUCUGGUGGUCCAGAGGAGCAGCCAUCUGGUCCUGUAGCGAGCAACCCACUCCCUAAUUCAGGACAUGUGGGUGUAAGCACAGCCAACUACACAGAUCUGAACACACAUCUCCAUGUACCUGAAACGUCCCCAGCAAUGACCAAUGGCAGCCACAUUCCAGCAUCCCAGCAGUCUGUGUCCCAGCCAGCCCUGGUGGCCAGUGGUCCAGGAAGAUCCACAGGAUCUAUGGCAAACACUGGACCACCCAAAAAGAGACACAAGGGCUGGUCCCCAGAAUCUACAGGACACACUGAAUCAAGCAGUAGACCUGUGGCCUCCAACACAGUCUGUGGCACAAAAUCAGUGUCUCAAGGGUCUUCACCCUCCAUGCCUCCAGAGGAGUCUGUUGCAGUGCCUAAUAAUCUGUUCCAAACAUGUGGUUUGCAACCAGUUAUCUUCAAAGGGCAUGGGGAUCUGCCACAUCUAUGUGGGAACACAAGUGAGGUGUUGGUCAACGGGUGGUUGCAGGCAUGUUACCGAAGCUCUCAGAACCUCCCCCGUGUUUAUGAGCAGUAUGGAGCCUCCUCCAUCCAGCCGCUCUCCACUGAGAUGCAGGUCCUGUUGACUGUCUACUAUCUGGUACAGCUGGGUCCAGACCAGAUACCCCUGAUGGAAGACCUGGAGCAAAUCCUCAUGCGCUCUUGGCGUGAGUCACACCUGACGGAAAUCCGUCAGUACCAGCAAAGUCAUGCCCAGUUUCCUGCUCCACUGCCUGGCCUGGCACAGCCCCUAACCUCCUCUCAGCUCCCUUGGCUGGCCAAGCUGGCCACCAGCUCCUGUGGUGACACCGUUCUAGUGUUGGACACAGCACCCUCAUUGUCCGAGGCACUGGUAGACACCUUCCGGAGGCUUAUGGAGGGCAAGCUUAGUCACACACAUUUUUUGGUGAUCAUUUGCAUGGGCAGGAGCCAAGGGACUGAGUCCUGCGUAGUGGUUACAGGGAAGCACCAGGCACGAGCACUUGCAGAGAGUAUGCUCUCCUCAAGUGAAUGUGGGAGAGAAAUCAGUCAGGAACUUUCCUCUGGGAUCACUGCUGAAUUAGAUGCCUACGUUAGCUCCCUAGGUCCAGAUGGAAAUGUGGAGAGCUUCCUGGAGAAAGUCAAUACAGAGACCUAUAGCGUUUCAGCUCAGGCACAUGGAAAGGAAUGCGCUGCAGAAGCCAUAUGUACAGGUGAAUAUCACGUGAUCAAGUUGCCUUUUAUUAUACUGUACCUUAGCUGGAACAAAUUUAUCUUCCAGUCUCCUUUCACAGAAUAUCGGGUAGAGUGGCAUGAGAUUCGGCCCAUUCAGCUCGCAGUGGCACGGAAGCUGUUGUCCCACGUGUGUGCAAUUGCUGAUUCCAGCACACACAACCUGGACCUUGGCUCUUUUGACAAGGUGGAGUUCUUAAUCUGUGUGCCUCCUUCUGAGGUGACCUUCCAGCAAGUGGUCCUGCACUUGUGGAACUCAGGGGUCCUUCAAGAAUUAGGCAUGGACCAGAACUGUUUGUCCCCAAAGGAUGCUGAGCAGUAUGUGGUAAAAUUAGAUCAGACUGCUACAGCUAAGAUCAACGGUCUCAUUCAGAAAUCAAAGUUGAACCCAUAUACCCUCUUCAUACUGGUGCAUGACCAUGCACAUUGGGAUGUUAGUAGUGAACAGUGUGGGAGGGUGGGUGGCUUGUCCAGCUCAGGACUGGUGGACAGUCUGCUGAACUGCAAGCAAAUUCAAGAGGCACCCAAUGUCCUGAUUCUCCAUGUGACCUCAUUCCCCUUUGCCCUGCAGACUCAAUACACACGCAUCAGCCCCUACAAUGAAAUCCACUGGCCAUCAACAUUCAGCAAUGAUGUGGAUCUGUAUCAUGAGAAAACAAAAUACUUUGGUGUGUCUGAGCUGCUGGAGUCCACACGAUCAGGGAGCGGCCUUCCUCUGCUGCGCUUUGACAGUUCAUUUGAGAGCAUGGUCACUGCCCUGGAAGAGAGGUUUCCAAAAUUGCACAGCUCCGUCAUCCGCACCCAGGUGCUUCUCCAGCACUAUUCUGUGGCUCUAUUAGCUGCAGCCAGAGGUCAGGUCCAGCUACAGAAACACACCUCUGUAGAAACCCUGGAGAUAGUGCAGUGUCUUCUGGGCUCGACGCGAUGCUGCCCCAGCCACCAUGGGUACAUGCUCCUGCUGCGUAUACCUUUCCCAUGUCUGGCAGCACUGGCACAUCAGCGUCUCUGUCACAUACGUGACCGCCUGGGCCUCCACAAACACUUUGAAAUUGUGUUGGGAGACCCUACAUCUGGGAUCAUUGUGGGCAAGCACUUCCUGAGCCAGCUGAGGGUAUGGCUGAAAAUCCAGGACCCAGACUGGACGCCUCGCACAUACCUAGAUUUAGAGGCUUUGCCCUGCAUCCUCAUCUUUACUGGUAUGGAUCCAAUGGGGGAGUCAUUGCCAAGGUCUCUGAAGUACUGUGAUGAGCGUGUCGUAAGCUGCUGCGCUCUGCAACGCACAGCUCUGGAGCAGGAACUUGGUCUGGCUGCGUACUUGGUGCAUGUGGAGGAGCAGAGGCAGCAUGGGCUGCGUGUUUCCAGUGACCUAUCUGAGAGCGAUCCUGAUAAACUCAGUAGCACCGACAAUGAGGAAGAAGAGUCUGUAGUGGAUGUGAGUACUGCUCUCCCUGGCCAGGAUCACUCCCAGCAAACCCAGGAUGAAUUUUCCCCUAACAAACCAAGCCGAUCCUCAAAAUCCACCUCCCCUGACUCCUUGUCAUCUUCGCAGACCUCUCCACAGCUCUACUGCUGCUCCUGGGCACGUAACAUAAACAGGCCGCCUGUGGUCCUCCUCCCCAAGGCUUUGUAUGAUCUGAUCACCAGGGUGGAUGCCAGUGGUUUGCCCAAGCCCAUGUCCUUCCUCCCUCACCCAUGUGUAGAGUGGGCCAGCUCUUUCAGGCCCCUCCUCAGCAAGAUGAUGACAUGUACAGAGCAGUCUCUGUACUACAGGCAGUGGACUGUACCCAAACCUCAGCACAUGGACAGCAGCAAUUGGGCCGAGGGACGCACUGACAACUUUCACCCUCGCCGGCUGCUCCUCAGUGGGCCACCUCAAGUUGGAAAGACUGGUGCAUAUCUGCAGUUCCUGGGCAUUCUCUCUCGAAUGCUAAUCAGGCUCAUGGAGGUAGACGUCUUUGAUGAAGAGGACAUCAAUUGCAAUUGCCAGUGUGAGUUGCUUAAGUAUCAUCAGGCCAUUGCAUCAUGGCCCAACGCUGACACUUUGAGAGGAAUGCCUUUUGACUUUACCAUCCAUGACCCCAAAUACGAGGACAUCAGUAUCAUCUACUCCCCUGACUUUACUCCAAAUGUGGAACGAAACCCCCGACGUCAGGAAGAUGUGUACCUUCGUCGUCGUACAGCCCGGAUAAAACUCUCCAAAUAUGCAGCAUAUAAUACUUACCAUCACUGCGAGCAGUGCCAUCAGUACAUGGGAUUCAACCCUCGAUACCAGCUGUGUGAGUCUACCCUGCAUGCCUUCACCUUCUCUCAUCUGCUACUUGGGGAGGAGAUACAGCUCUAUUUUAUUAUCCCCAAAUCCAAAGAGCAUCACUUCUUCUUCAGCCAACCAGGAGGCCAGCUUGAGAGCAUGAGACUGCCCCUUAGCUCUGAUUGGAAUCCUGAUUGUAUAAAGAGUCCAAUAUUUACACCCACAACGGGUCGCCAUGAGCAUGGCUUGUUUAAUCUAUAUCAUGCCAUGGAUGGAGCCUCCCACUUGCACAUCUUGGUCAUCAAAGAAUAUGAGAUGGCUGUCUAUAAGAAAUACUGGCCCAAUCACAUCAUGUUGGUCCUGCCCACCAUCUUCAACGGAGCUGGAAUAGGUGCGGCACAUUUCCUAAUUAAAGAGUUGUCCUUUCAUAAUCUGGAGCUGGAACGCAGUCGGAGAGUGGAGCAUGGCAGUCAUCCUCAGGAUGUCUGGCCCUUUAUCAUCCUGGCAGAUGACUCCUGUGUCAUGUGGAACAGUGUUGACAUUGACUUCAAGAGUACUGCUGGACCAGAGAGGAAUGUGUCACUGAAGCAGGUGCUGCAGCACAUGGAAUCAUCUCCAGAUAUCACUCAGUACGGCUUGUGUGGUCUGAGGAAGUGGUCAAGCCGUGGAGCUGGCCCUGGACAAAGGAGAGAGCCCUUCUCACGAGGACACCUACAUGAUUUCCUGCUCCUCAACGUGGACCUCACUCAGGAUGUGCAGUACAAUCAAAACCGAUUUACGUGUGACGAUGUAGACUUCAACCUUCGUGUUCACAGUGCUGGCCUUCUAAUUUGCCGCUUUAACAACUUUAGUGUGAUGAAGAAGCAGAUUGCCAUCGGGGGAUAUCGUACAUUCAUCAUCAAGACCAAGAUGACUGAUGUACCAACCACAGCUCAGCCUUCUCAGUAUAUCUGUGCCCCAGAUAGCAAGCACCUGUUCCUGGCUACUCCAGGUCAGCUUCUGCUGGAGAAAUACCUCCAACACACAAGUCAGCGGCUUUUCCCCCUGAGCACUGGCAAUUAUAGCCAUCCGGUUCUUUCUGUCGACUGCUACCUCAACCUGGGCCCUGAGGUAACAGUGUGUUUUGUCAGCUCAAGACCACACUCCGUCAACAUCAGCACAGCAGGUUUGCUUUUCAGUGGCCUCCUGCUCUACUUUUGUGACUCUUUCGUCACACCGGGCUUCCUCAAGAAGUUCCAGUUUCUGAAAGGGGCGACUCUGUGCGUAAUCUGCCCAAACCGCAGUGCUCUCCGUCAGACAGUGGUGCGGCUUGAGCUGGAGGACGAGUGGCGGUUCAGGCUGAGCGAUGAGUUUCAAACGGCCAAUGCCAAAGAGGAUCAGCCACUCUUCUUUCUCACAGGGACACACAUCUGACUCAGCAACUCUGGCCUCAUGUUUAUGUACAUAGACGUGUGUAUAUAAUGGUUUAGAUGUACUGUACUCUUGCACUGGUGUGAUUGUUUUGUUUGUGUGGUUUUUCUCUUCUCUAUGUUCUCUUGCAUUAAAAAAAAGCCCAACGAAGUGUGAUUUUUAACAGUCUUCAGUUACAUAUGUAUAUGAAAAAUUAUAUUUAUUAACAUAACUGUUAUAUGACCACAACAUCUGCCUUAAUUUUUAUGAUUCAUUUUUUUAAUUCUCAUAAUUCAUGGACGGAUAAUUGUACAACCCAUUGAAUGAUUUUGCAAAGGAUAUUUUGUAGAGAAAGAAUAUUUUUGUAUAUAUUUAUUUAGUAUGUUCUCUGCUUUUGUUUGUUUUAUUAUUUGUGGGGCGAUUGUGUCAUUGUACAGGUUAGGUAAAGUUUCAUUGCUUUAUCUUGGUUAAUUUUGUGAUAUUUGUAUAGUUCUGUGCUAUUUGUUCAUCAGUUGAUGGACUUUUUUUAUUAUUUGUUCAGUUCUGGCAGGUUAACAGUAGAGGGCACUAUAAUGGUCUCAAUUUCUAGCUUCUCAAAAUAUCAUUUUGUAUGAAGAAAUGACAAUUAAAAAUGUCUGUAACAAUAACAA